AGGUUUCUUUAUUCAGAUGAAGUUCAAAUCGGUCCAGAAACAGUCAUGACUACAUUAUACACUGCUAAAAAGUAUGCAGUCCCAGCCCUGGAAGCACAUUGUGUGGAUUUUCUAACGAAGCACCUCCGAGCAGAUAAUGCCUUUAUGCUGCUUACUCAAGCUCGUUUGUUUGAUGAACCUCAGCUUGCUAGUCUUUGUCUUGACACAAUAGACAAAAGUACUAUGGAUGCAAUAAGUGCAGAAGGCUUUACUGAUAUUGAUAUAGACACAUUAUGUGCAGUUCUAGAAAGAGAUACCCUUAGUAUUCGAGAAAGUAGACUCUUUGGAGCUGUUGUUCGCUGGGCAGAAGCAGAAUGUCAAAGACAGCAACUACCUGUUACAUUUGGAAACAAACAAAAAGUCCUUGGAAGAGCUCUUUCCUUAAUCCGUUUUCCAUUAAUGACUAUUGAAGAGUUUGCAGCAGGCCCUGCUCAGUCUGGAAUCUUGUCAGAUCGGGAAGUAGUAAACCUCUUUCUGCAUUUUACUGUCAAUCCUAAACCUAAAGUAGACUAUAUUGACCGACCAAGAUGUUGCCUUAGAGGAAAAGAAUGCAGCAUUAACAGGUUCCAGCAAGUGGAGAGUCGCUGGGGCUACAGUGGAACAAGUGAUCGGAUUAGGUUCACAGUUAAUAGAAGAAUUUCCAUAGUGGGAUUUGGAUUGUAUGGAUCUAUUCAUGGACCCACGGACUAUCAAGUUAAUAUACAGAUAAUUGAUUAUGAAAAGAAUCAAACACUAGGACAAAAUGAUACUGGAUUUAGUUGUGAUGGAACAGCCAGUACCUUCAGAGUUAUGUUCAAAGAACCUAUAGAGAUUUUGCCAACGGUUUGCUACACAGCUUGUGCAACGUUGAAAGGUCCUGAUUCCCACUAUGGAACAAAAGGUUUGAAGAAAGUGAUCCACGAAUCUCCUACUGCUAGCAAAACAUGCUUUGUCUUUUAUAGUUCACCAGGUAACAACAAUGGUACAUCAAUAGAAGAUGGACAGAUACCAGAAAUAAUUUUUUAUACAUAAUUUCACACGAUCAUCUCAAAUGUGUCAGUGUAUCAGUGGACUUCAGCUCACUAUUGGCGGCAGUUAAAAAUUCUGUGAAAUUACAUGAAUGUGUAAAAACAAAACUUACUUGUUUGAGAGGUACCAGAAAAGCGAUUUUCUCUGCAUUGUUAUUGGCAGAAGGUAAUUUAGCUUCUCCUCUUAGCAAAAUGUCAAGUGGAAUAAGUACUCUGUAUAUUGAAAAGAUUGUUUUAAAUACUAUCUUGUGAUUAAUUGCUCUGUAUUUUCACCCCUUCAUUUCUCAUGUAGUAAAAUUCAUUUUUUGAACUGGAAAAUCCUCACGCAUUAUGAACUUCUUGUGUACAUUUGCCCUAGCCUUUCCUGAAAUGACAGUAAAGCUGCUGCAGCAGCUUCUUUCCAAAAUGAUCUUGGAAUGACCUUAUGGACCUGAAUUGCUACUAUAUUUUUUUGAAGUACAUCAGCAAAGCUGGAUUCAUAUUGCUCUCAUCUUGACUUUUUGGAUGAGCUGUGGAGAAUUAAUGGACUUAGCACUGCAGACAGCAUCCCCAGCUGCACUGAAGAAAUACCCAAGUCAACUUCAGCAAUAAACAGAUCUCUCUUAAUUUAGAAGGGCUGUUUUGGAACAUAGACCUGGUUAUGGAAAUAGCCACUGUGUAUACAUAUGUGCCUAUAAAAAAUGUAUAAUGUGAAAAUGAGAAUACAAGACUUGUAAUGAUGUUAUUUAUCACUGGACAUUCUAAUACUAAAAAAAAUAGUAUGAA